CAGUUCAUGAAAGCAGCAUGACACAACAGCAAAGAUGGCGUGCUGCAGAAGCUGUUUUUGUUGCCAGUGUUGCUGCAGGGAGGGAGAGACGCGGACGCCGGAGGAGCUGACAAUUCUUGGGGAACUCCGAGAUGAGGAAGAUGAGAUUCUGCCCAGGAAAGACUACGAGAGUCUGGAUUAUGACCGCUGCAUCAACGAGCCGUAUGUGGAGGUUCUGGAGGGCCUGGACAACAAGAAAGCCAGAAAGUACGAGGCGGUGCGGUGGGUGAUGGUGUUCGUGAUCGGGGUCACGGUCGGACUGGUUGGGCUGUUUGUGGACUUCUUUGUUCAUCUCUUCACUAAAAUCAAGUUCUCCGUGGUCGCUGACUCUAUAGAGAAAUGCACAGACAGAGGCUGUCUGUCUUUGUCUCUGCUGGAGCUGCUCACCUUCAACAUGGUGUUCGUCUUCAUCGCCAGCCUGCUCGUCCUCAUCGAGCCGGUGGCUGCAGGAUCCGGUAUCCCAGAGAUCAAAAGUUACCUGAAUGGAGUGAAGAUCCCAGGAAUCGUGCGACUUCGAACGUUUCUCUGCAAAGCUGCUGGAGUUCUGUUCAGCGUGGCUGGAGGUCUGUUUGUGGGAAAGGAAGGUCCAAUGAUCCACAGUGGAGCCAUAGUGGGAGCUGGGCUUCCUCAGUUUCAGAGCAUCACCUUCAAGAGGGUCAAAUUUGAUUUUCCGUAUUUCCGCAGCGACAGAGACAAGCGGGACUUUGUGUCGGCUGGUGCCGCCGCUGGAGUUGCUGCUGCCUUUGGUGCGCCAAUAGGGGGCACUCUCUUCAGUCUGGAGGAGGGCUCCUCCUUCUGGAACCAGGCCCUCACCUGGAAAGUGCUCUUCUGCUCGAUGUCGGCCACUUUCACGUUGAACUUCUUCCGCUCUGGGAUCAACUUUAACAAAUGGGGCUCCUUCCAGCUGCCUGGACUCCUCAACUUUGGAGAAUUCAAGUGUUCAGACGGGGAGAAGAAAUGUCACCUGUGGACAGCAGUGGACCUGGGCUUCUUCGUCCUGAUGGGCGUGGUGGGCGGCCUGCUGGGGGCGCUCUUCAACUGCAUGAACAAGUGCCUGGCCAAGUACCGAAUGAGGCACAUUCACCCCAAAGCCAGGUUCAUCAGGGUCCUGGAGAGUCUGCUGGUUGCCAUGGUGACCACGGUGGUGAUAUUUCUGGCCUCGGUUCUGUUGGGUGAAUGCCGGGACCUGUCCUCCCCGACGACCCACAACUCCACAGUUUCUGGCAGUGAAGACAUCAACUCAACCAUCCGGCAGUUUUUCUGCUCCAAUAAAUCCUACAACGACAUGGCGACGUUGCUCUUCAACCCUCAGGAGGCGGCCAUCCACCAGCUCUUCCACCAGGACGGCACCUUCAGCCCGGCGACUCUGUCCAUCUUCUUCCUGUUGUACUUCCUGUUGGCGUGUUGGACGUACGGCGUCUCGGUCCCCAGCGGUCUCUUCGUCCCGUCUCUCCUGUGUGGCGCUGCGUUCGGACGUCUGGUCGCAAACAUCCUCAAAGUGAAACUGGGACUCCACAUCUACUCGGGGACCUUUGCCCUCAUCGGAGCGGCGGCCUUCCUCGGGGGCGUGGUCAGGAUGACCAUCAGCCUCACCGUCAUCCUCAUCGAGUCCACCAAUGAGAUCACAUACGGGCUGCCCAUCAUGAUCACGCUAAUGGUUGCUAAAUGGACUGGAGAUUUCUUCAACAAGGGCAUCUAUGACAUCCACAUCCAGCUGAAGGGCGUCCCUCUGCUGGAGUGGGAGACGGAGGUGGAGAUGGACAAGCUGACAGCCAGCGACAUCAUGGAGCCCAACCUGACCUACGUUUAUCCCCACACUCGGGUCCAGUCUCUGGUCAGCAUCCUCCGGACCACCGUCUACCACGCCUUUCCCGUGGUCACGGAAAACCGGCAGAACGAGCGGGACUUCAUGAAGGGCAACAUCCUGAUCAGCAACAACAUUCGAUUCAAGAAAUCCAACAUUGUGUCUCGUGCGGCGGAGCAGCGGCGGCGCUGCCAGUCGAUGAAGUCGUACCCGUCCAGCGAGCUGAGGAACGUUUGUGACGAUCAGAACGCGGCAGCGGAGCCGGCAGAGGAGGGAGAGGACCUGCUGCAGCAGAUGCUGGAGAGACGCCACGCUCCCUACCCCAACCUGUACCCAGACCAGUCCCCCAGUGAAGAGUGGACCAUGGAGGAGCGGUUCCGACCGCUCACCUUCCACGGCCUCAUCCUGCGCUCCCAGCUGGUCAACCUGCUCAUCCGAGGCGUCUGCUACUCCGAGAACCAGUCGAGCGCCACUCAGCCCAGGCUGUCGUUCACAGAAAUGACUGAAGAUUACCCGCGGUACCCGGACAUCCACGAAGUGGACCUGGCCCUGCUCAAUCCCCGGAUGAUAGUGGAUGUGACGCCCUACAUGAACUCGUGCCCCUACACGGUUUCACCAAACACCCGGAUCUCCCAGGUGUUCAACCUGUUCAGAACCAUGGGCCUUCGACACCUUCCAGUGGUCAACGCUGUGGGAGAAAUCGUUGGAAUAAUCACAAGACAUAAUUUAACCCACGAGUUCCUGGUGGCCAAACUGCGACAGCACUACAUCACCAUCUGAGCCGCCGCCGUGGCGCCGCCCCGCUCUGCCUGGCCUCGAAGCCUUGGCUUUGGUUCGUCUCUAACUUUAUUAAAGCAUUCCCAAAACCAACAAGCUGCAUCUGAGAGCCGCAGAGGAGAAGCUGUCAGACUGCAGGAGGGAGAUCUUCUUCUUCUCCUUCUUCAGGUCCAGCAGGAGCCUUCAGACUCCAGUUUAGAGAUUUUCUGUUAAGUUUCUUUAUUUUUGCAUCGAGCUCAGAAAGCAGAUUUUAUUUUCUUGACAGAGACCAUCUGAGACAGCUGUGAACUGUCGGUAUAAGAACAUGGUGAACUUGUGUGUGGGUAUGGAGGAGUUUUUAGAAAAACAUAAAAUAAUUUGUCAAAACAUCCACAACAUUCCUUAAAGUGGAUCCACGACUAGUUGAACAUGUUGGCCUAAAUAUGUUUUAAUUUUCCCAACAACCUAAAAGUUGUUGCUUUUGAUGUAAAACUCAAAGUUGUUUACAUUUUUUAAUAUUUUUAUGACAUUUUUCACCUAUGGAAGUCGCCAAUUUUUAAAAAUAUUCAUUUUUAAAAAUAUUAUUUGUUUUUAAAUGCACAAUGCAUCCUGGGCCGAUAAGAUAAAGUGGACUGGAGUCUAAAACCAAUGAUGGAGGAUGAUGAUGAUGAUGGCAGCCCACCAGGGUUUCAUGUGAAAUUAAACAGAGAUUUGUUGGAUCAAGCUAACAUGAUCGGCUUCUGAUCUACUCUUUACACCGUUAGCAGGAGCUAAAGCAAAGACAAACCCACUGAACAAGGUGAAUGGUGGUUUAAAAUCUUUAAGUCGUAACGCCGUUCAGACGUAUUCGAGGAGAGCUUUUGACCCCACUGCUCGUUGUAAACAGCUUGAAUUAGGACGUCUCUGCAGUUUUCACUCCAGUUGGUGUUUCCAAGCUGCAGGUUUUUCAGCCGACUUUCCUCUUCAUUUUCAUUUCCUGUCAUCAUUUCUGUCUUAGCUUCCAUUUCAUUGAGUUCAAGUUAAAAAGGCUGAACACAAAAAUGUUCUGACUGGAAGGAGCUAAUGCUACAUCACAUAGCAUUCUUCAUUUACCCAGGAUGCAUUGCAGCACAAACAACAUGACAAGUCUUUCAUUUAAAUUUAAAAGAACUGAACCUUCCGUAGUUUUACCGAGUUGUUUUUACUUCUAAAAUAAAUGUCAACUAAUCGUGGAUCCCUCUAAAACCCUGAAGACAACCAAUCAGAAAGGAGGCUGAAGUUAAUUUUACUCAUCAUGAUGUUCCUCUGUGUCUGUGAGAUGUUUUUGGACCGUUUGUCCAAAAGCAGAAAUGCAUUCUCUGCUUUACGGUAGGUAGCAGCCGUGUAGAACCGCCCAGUUCCCUCCUGCACCAGCUGAUGGCGCUGGAGCUCCAGCAGAACCAGGAGGAAUGACCAAAGAAUAAACGCGUAGAAAUGCUCCGGUUUGGAUGCAGAUGGGCAACAUGCAGACUUUUUUCAUGGAUAUAUACCACAGUUCCCGCACUAUAAGUCACACUAGUUUUCAUAAAGCUUGGCUGGUCCAGUAUUUUAUUGUCAGGAUUAACUAACAGAUGUUAUAUUUUUUGACUGAUUCAUUAAUUAUGAGUUCAUACUGAUGGAUACAAACCAAGGAUCAAACAUUACCGUUUGCAGCCGUGAGGAGAGGAGAUAUUUUGCUGAAAGGAAGGUGGCCAGAGCUGGAGGAGCAGUUUGAACAUAAAGAAUGAGCUGCUGAUGUUCUGAGGAUCUCUGCUUCCAACCGCAGUGCGUCUAGACAGCCAUGUCUGUCGGUCGGUGCUCCCUUUCCAAACUCCUGGAGCGGUUCAGUUACGUCUCCAAGGCCGGCCUUCUUGGUCUUACGGCUUCAUACAACGCAGCCGCCUCUCUCACCCGUCUACUACGUGCGUCUCUGCUCUGCCUCGCUGCGCACUUCACUGUCGGAGCGAAGCCAUUUCCGAUCGUCCAGAUUUAGAGCACAGACAGAAACCGUCAAACCAAAGCCGACAGUUUCUGUGAGUUUGUUAAAAAGCAGCUGAACAUAACGUGUCACCAGAUCUAAUCACUUUUAACAAUGUGACUUAUACUCCAGUGUGUCUUAUAAUCUUAAAUAUAUAUGGUUAUAUACAGACAGUUCAUAAAUACAUUUGUAAGCCUGGACUGAGUCACUCACACCUGCAUCAGUUUAACAAUCUGAAUGCUAAACUAAACCAACAGCCUCUGACCUGAGGAGACGCUCAGAUCUGCUUCUCUGCUGCUGGAGGAUUUAAAAUGAUUCAACGGUUCAAUGAAACAAUAUUUAAAUAAGAUUUAUUUUGGUUCAAAUAACCAGGGAUUAUAGAGAUGUGUGUGAGUUUCCUCUGAUGUUUGCUUUGACUGCUCGGUUCAUCAUUUUCUGGAAUUCAUCAUGACAACAAGAUCUAAUUUAUUUAGUUUUGAACCACAGCAACAAAGCAUGGUUGGCUGUUUCCAUUUCUAAUUUCAUCAUUUAAGAUUUCUGAUUCAUUUCAUAACUGCUGAACUUUUUAAAGCAGCUGCUGUUUUCAUGCAUCAACAAACAAGCAUUCAUUUUAGAGCAGUUUUUGGGUUUGCAGAGAUGCCAAAGAGACUGAAUAGUUUUUUACUUUAUAUCAUCACUUUCCUCACUUGUUGCCAUAAAUGAGUAAUUAUAGUGAAAACAUCUUCGGUCCGUGUCGCCCAUCCCUGCCGUUUGAACCCAAUUGGACCAAUUUAGAUUAUGAUGCCACCAAAUAUGGAUCAGUUAAAAUCUUUUGUGUCCUCCUGUAAUAUUUUCUGUUCAGGUACACAACUGGACUGUAUGUGAAAUAAUUAGUAAUUACAGCCCAGAUAAGCUGAAUAGUGAAGUUUAUCUGCAGGCAGGUUGAUGUUGGUUUGCUGCAGUUCAAACUGUGACGUGUUUAUUUGCAUCAAGUCUCAUCGUUCCGAUGUGAUCGGUCUGGUUUCCACCUGAAUCGACCAGCAUGUUGACGCCAGGCCUCUGAUAAAAGUUAGAGGUGAUGUUUUAUCUGAUAGAUUUAUUUACAAGUUCAUUCAAAUAACAGGAAGCCAUAAAAAUAAUAAAUAAAAGUAGGUUUUGAACAGCAGUCAGUAUCUGCCAUGAAAGUCUUGGUUUAUCAGAUCAAAUUGGAAAUGGAUCUUUAAUUUUCCUUGUACUUCCAUAAGAAGUGACAGAUUUUGGUUUCUAUCCUGUCAGAUCUGGUCCAGCAGACCGGUGAGCGCCGCUCCGACCAACAGGCUCAUUCCUUUUUGAUUUAAUUUUAUUUUGAAUUAUCGUCGUCACUGUUGCACUUUCUUCUGUUGUCUUUAUGUUUUAAUUUACUGUGACUGGAAAACAUGCACUAGAAGCAGACAGGACGGGUCUGUCGGGUCCUGCAGCGUAACCGGACCUCAUGAACAUGGUGACUGGUUCUGUAACGUUACUAACCUUUCAGCUGCCUGUCAGUCGGUGGGCUUUGUUUUGCACUAAUUUAAUGUCUGAUUCUCACUACGGUCAGUGUUAGAGGAGCGAAGAGAACCACGUGUUUGAGUCUCAGGAGGUGAAAACCAAGACCUGAGUCUGUUUUAGGGAAGUUUUUAAAGUUCUGGUGUUCAUGUUGGAUCUGCUGAUCUCAUUGUUUCCGAACAUUUUGCUCUCAUUCCAGAACAAAACAAAAAAAUAAGAACAAGCUGAAACUACGUAGAUUUUUUAUUUUUAAUCAGGUCAGUUUAGUGGAUUAUUUGUGAUAUAUAGG